AUGUCCUCCACUGAAACCCCUGAAAAUGUCCAGCCUAAAGACGUUGCCACUUCGAGAAGAGGCUCCUUUGUUCCUGUAGAAUUUACUCCAGAAAACUCUAAGCAGUGUUUGAAGCAAGUCGAAUUCUACUUCUCUGAGUUCAAUUUCCCAUACGACAAGUUCUUGAGAACCACAGCGGAGAAAAAUGACGGCUGGGUUCCAAUUGGUACCAUUGCCACUUUCAACCGUAUGAAGAAGUUCAGACCAAUUGACAAGUUGGUGGAGAUCCUGCGCGAUUCUGCUCUCUUGGAGGUUUCAGAGGAUGGAGAAAACGUCAAGAGACGUGUUCCGUUGGAUUCUACAAAGAGUACUGGGGACAGAGUGGAGCAAAGUAAGCGUACCGUAGUUGUGAUGAAUAUCCCACAUACACCUGAAACCAUCAUCUCGGAAUUGCAGGAGAAAGUGGAGGAUUUUUUCCAAAAGGUCGAAAACGUCGCCCAGGUUCGUUUGAAGAGGGACCGCAGAAGAAGAUUCCACGGGAUUGCCAUGGUCGAGUUCGCGACAGCGGAGGAUUGUGAAAAGUUUGUUGAGAACUAUUCUUGUGGCUCAGACGACAAAUCCAAGGACAUUUUGUCCUUCGAAGGGCGCAAGUUGGACAUUUUGACCAAGAAACAGUACGACCAACAGAGGGAAGCCACAAGAUCCAAAAACUUCAGUGGUUCCGGCCAGAGAUCCAGAUCUUUCACCGGUCAUAGAAAGAACAUGCCUAAAUUGGAAGCCCCUCCAGCAGGGACCAACGAUGAGUCUGCUGUAGCUGAAGAAAAGGAGGAGGAAACGAAGCCUGAAAACUGA